AUGGCGGACGACGACUUUAGUAAGCUAUUACAACAAGCUGAACAGCUAACAACAGAAAUAGAAGGAAAUGAGGAGCUGCCGAGAGUAGAACGAUCUUUAGGUCAAGUACUGGAGGCAUCUCAUGAGCUGUAUUCUAGAGUUAUUCAAUCUGGAGCUAACGACAUCCAAGCGCAUCUUCUAUUUGGGUCUAAAGGUAUAGAUUUGCAGCAAAUAUCUCAAAAAUUGGAAACACUCAGCUCAAAGCGUACAUUUGAACCACUUCAACCUAUUGCUGAUUCAGAUGUUGAAAGUUUCUUGAAAAAUGAAAGGGAAAAUGCAAUUUUGUCACUGAUAGAUGAAGUCAAUAAGAAUUCACUACAAACAACUGAAGAUCAAAAAUGGGAGCAUAUGCUUUCUGAAUGGAACAAAGAGAAGUUAAAACUCAUGAAUGCUAUGAUAGGACCAUCGCAAAAUUGGCUAGACCUUAAAAGAACCCCUGAGCCUCCAAGUAUUGCAGAUACUCCAAAAAAAUUUGGCCAUUCUAUGUUGGAUAACAUAGAGGCUGCAUACGCUAGACAAGUUCAUCAAUACAACAAAUUAGUAUUUCAAGGGACUAAGUCAAGGACAGUAUUGCAUCAGAAAUUUGCACAAGUUGCUGAGGAGUUCAAUGACAUGAAAGUGAAAGAAAUGUGGGAAAUCAUAAAAACAAUGGCCAAUAUACCUGCACUUGUAAUGGAUGAAGAUCCCCUUAAAGCUAGAGGAAAUCCUACAAUUCAGCAAUGUCUUAUUGCGCAGGGGAAGAAGUAUUUGGAGAAAAGAUACAAGCAAUACAUGAGUGACGUAGUGCGUGCUAAUCCUGCAGCAGCAAUGAGGGGAGGAGAACCAGAUGGAGUUGUUGAUGAUCGACCUCUUUGGCCUAUGAUUUAUUACUGCCUCAGAAGUGGUGACGCUAAUGCUGCUUUAUAUUGCCUACGCAAAGCUGGACGUGAUCAUGAGGAAUUUAUAUCAGCUCUUGAGGAGCACAUUAGAAAUCCUGAAAAGGCAUUGAGUGACAAGUUGCAGACUGCAAUUAACUUUCAGUACAGGAUACAAGUUCGAAAUUCAACUGAUCCUUAUAAAAGAGCAGUUUACUGUGUUGUUGGUUGCUGUGAUGUGAGCGAUGAGCAUUCUGAAGUCGCACGAACAGCUGACGAUUAUCUGUGGUUAAAACUGUCUGUUAUAAAGUCACGGCCUAACAAUGAACCUGAGCCAUUUACAUAUUCAGACUUACAAAAGCUCAUUUUAGAAGAAUAUGGAGAAACACAUUACCAUGCCUAUGAAAAACCAUUAGUUUAUUUCCAAGUUUUAACAUUAACUGGACAGUUUGAACCAGCUAUUGAGUUUCUUUCAAGAAUACCAAGAUAUCAAGUUCACAGUGUCCAUAUGGCUUUAGCUCUACACGACGUUUACAUGUUAGGUACACCUAGAAAUGUUCAAGCUCCAUUAUUAUCUGUUGAUACAGAUGAUCCAUCACCACUACGCAGACUGAAUUUAGCAAGAUUGUUGCUACUUUAUGUUAGAAAAUUUGAACUUUCAGAUCCUUCAGAUGCUUUGCAUUAUUACUUCUUUUUAAGAAAUCUAAAGGACCCCAGUGGUAAAAACUUAUUCAUGUGUUGCUGCACAGAUCUUGCAUUAGAAAGCAGGGAUUAUGAAUUAUUGUUUGGUAGAAUGGAUCCUACAACAGGAUUAUGCAGCACUGGCUUAUUAGAUCAAUUCAAUAACCCUCACAUAGACAGUAAGGUUAUAGCCCUUAAUGUUGCAGAACAAUUAGUGAACAAAGGCCUUUUUGAAGAUGCCAUAACUGUAUAUGAUAUUGCUGGGAACAUGGAAAAAGUUUUAGAACUAUUUUGCGUGCUAUUAGCCCAAGUGGUAAACAGCGGCGGAGGUGCUAGUGGACUACGGCAACGUUUAUCUUUACUAGCAGAUCAUGUGUCAAAACGUCUACGGUAUGCCGACACCACAGCAUUGCCUGCAGCAUUGGUAGAAGCUUAUAUGAAACUUUGCAAGCUUAUGACAUUCUUUGAUCAGUUUCAUAGUGAAAACUACGAAGGAGCCCUUGAGACACUCCGUGAAUGCGAAAUAGUUCCGUUGCACGCGGGCGAAUUAGAGGCGCGCGUGUCAGCGGCGCGGCUGGCUCGCGGCGAGCUACUACGAAGUCUGCCAGCUGUGCUGCGCGCACUUUGCACUAUAUUGUUGGCGCACCGACAGCGGCUGCGCAACUCCAACGCGCACAACAUACCCGCAAAUAAGCAAAUCGAGUGGUUGCGAGAACAAGCGGAAAUUCUCAACACUUUCGCGGGAAACAUUGCAUAUAGAAUGCCUGGAGAUACUUACAGCCAAUUAGCUCAGAUGCAAAUUCUAAUGCAU